UCAUUAGCUGCGAGUAUGGGAAUUGCCGAAACGGAUCCAUAUAAAUUGCGGUUUAUGAGCGGUAGCCAUAUCACAGCCAAACAGCUCUUUCCAGCAUCUACAACUUGCAUCGGUAGCGCGUAUCCAGCAUCGCAUAAAAGUUCACCUAAACUCGUGAAAAUGAAAGUUUCCGUUGUUUUCGUCAUUGCACUUUUCGGAUUUGCAACUGCUGGACAUAUCGGAGGCGGUGGCGGGAAAGGUGGCUUCGGCGGAAGUGGAUAUAGCAGCAGCGGAUUACGUACAAUUGCUCAAGGAUCUGCCAAACAGGCGCAUUCUGCAGUUGCUAGCCAGCAUGCCGCAGCUCGUCAAGCAUCUUAUGUAGCGAAAAGUACUUUGGCGCAACAAGCUGUUCAAGCCGCUGCGACAGCGCAAGCAGCACUAGCUGGUAAAAGUGUCCUUUUGCAGAACUUGGAACAACAAAGUGCCGAAGCUCACGCUGCACUCGAGUCCGAGAUAGCCCAGUUCAAACUGGCCCAAGAAGCAGCUAAUGCAGCAUCAGGAGCAGCUAAGCAAGCGGCUGCUCAUGUGUCUGUUCUGACCAGUGCGUUGAAUAGUGCUCAGGCUGCUGCUGAACAUGCUGAAGAAGCUGCAGCUCAUGCAUCUGCGGAACUUGCUUCACAAACUAGCAUGGUUUCCAAGGCCAAGGCCCGUCUUCAGGCUAUUGAACACCAACUGGAAAGUGUUCGUGCUGAUUUCCAUGCCACACAGGAAGCUGCUCAGAAGGCUUCGGCGGCUGCUCAAGAGGCUCAAAAUAAUGCUGCCGUUGCCGGGGCUCAUGCAGCGGCUGAACUUCAAUCAUCGGCCGCUCACCAAAGUAUCGGAGGGCAUGAAGAUAUUGAGGAGGCCUCUUUUGGCGGUCACUCUGGAGAGGUUUCAGGACAUCAUUAUUAGAAAUCGCUGUGAUCAGAAUUUACGUUGUUUAAAAUGUUUUUAUAUUUGUAGUUCAUGUGAUGUUAAAUUUUCUAAAUAAAAUAU